CCCGCCUCCCCGGACACUCCUCCGUUGUGCCCAGAUGAUGGACGUGUUGACCUGAUACAACUCGGGAUCAAGAUGGAGAGUCAGAAUCCAAAUUUAACCUGCAUUAUUUGCUUCGACACGUUCCGGGUUCCUGUGACCAUCUCCUGUGGUCACACCUUCUGUGAGAAAUGCAUCACUCGUCACUGGGACACCCAGAGCAAGUCCGACGUCCCCGCUCAGUGUCCCAUCUGCAGCAAGAAGUUCCCCAUCAGGCCCAUCCUGAACCGCAACGUGAACCUCGCCGUCAUGACGGAGGCAGCGAACAGCCCUAGCAGCACUGGCGGAGAGCCGGUUAGCAGGGAUGGAGGGGGCGCGACAGCUAUACUGUGUCAUCUGCACAACAUGCCCCUGGUGUAUUACUGCAAGGAGGACAAAAUGGGAGUUUGCAUCAAGUGUGGAGUAUCAAACUGUAAUUCCCACCAGAAGGUGUUGUUGGAGACGGAGCGGGAGACCCAAGGGUUGUUGCUGAAGAGCAAGAGUGCAGAGGUGGAAAAACUCAUCAAAGAAAAUGACAGGAGUAUUGGCGUACUGACGGAAAACAUUGAAAAAGCCAAGGUAUCUCUCAAGCAGACUUCCAUCUGGUUGGACUCCAAAUUCUGCAGCCUCAAGGAAGCGCUAGACGAGAAGCAGGAAACCACGAACCGCUUCAUCGAGCGGAAGAACCUGGGCGACCUUGCCCAGGCUGAGGCGCGGCUCACCCAGCUGCGCGAGAGGGCCCAGGAGCUACGACAGAGCCAGCACCGCAUCGAGGAGCUGCAUCAUCUCCCCGAUUCAGAGCUCAUCAAGGAGUCAACGCUGGUGAGGGUUCCCAGCUUCAAGGAGAUUCCAGUGGACAUGACGCCCAAUCUGCAGGAGCGUCUCAACGGGAUCACAGAGGUCCUUUCCCGCGUAUCCAAGCUGGUGACGGAAGACCUGGAGAAGGCUGUGAGCGCUGUGGUCGGCCUGGACAAACAAGGUUCCCCCCAGGACAAGCGCCCUGUCCUGGCUGUGGUUCCCAGCCCGGCCGCUCGAUGCCACCCUGGAGGGAAGGAGGGCCUCAACGCCUACAGGUGUUCCUUGACCUUUGACCCGCGCACGGCCAACGGCCACCUGCUGCUGUCCCAGGAGAACCGGCGGGCAGAGCACCUGACCUCCGGGCCGCGUCAGGUCCUCGCCAACGAGGCGCGCUUCGACCACACCUGGCAGGUGCUCUGCUUCCAGGGCUUCUCCAGCGGCCAGCACUACUGGGAGCUGGAGGUGUCCAAGCCCUGGGCCUACCUGGGGGUGACCUACGAGGACAUCCCCCGCAAGGAGAAGGGCAAGCGCUGCAUGGUGGGCAUGAACGAGCUGUCCUGGAGCCUGCAGCUGGACGAGCAGCAGCUGAGCGCCUGGCACGGGGGCCACCGCGAGAUUCUGCCAGGCCACCCCCGCCACAAGCGCCUGGGCUUGCUGCUGGACUACGAGGCGGGCACGCUCACCUACUACGGCGACGGGGCCACGCGGCUGCACGCCUUCCACUGCGCCUUCACCCGGACGCUGUUCCCCGCCUGCUGGAUCGGGGAGGGCGUCUGCGUCACCCUAUGCUCCACGUGAGCACAGCGCUCCGGAGAACUCUCAGGGGGUCUUGCUGAAGACACACACACGCGCGCGCGCGCACACACACACGCUGACACACACACUGGUAGACGGGGCUUCCCUGCAAAGCCCACGUCUUCAGGGUUCCAAGGUUCCCCUUAAAGGAGCCGUUCCAAAGGUUUCCUUCUCCGGGCUUAUUAUGCCGCUUUUCCACUGCAUGGUACGAGCUCGACACGACUCGACUCGACUCGACUCAGCUCGCCUUUUUUGCGUUUCCACCGCGAUCUAGUACCUCAAGUGGCUGAUUUUUCUAGUACCGCCUCGCUCUAGGUUCCAAGCGGCUGAGCCGAUGCUAAAAGGUGACGUCGGCAGACGGCCGGCCACUGAUUGGCCAGAGAGUGUGACGAAGUCACGAGAGCGACAUGGCAACCAUGCUGGUAACGAUAGAACAGCCAUAGUAGCGCCGCAGCCAACAUAUUCCACUUCUUCAACAUGCCAGCUAAUAAUACGAACACGAAUACCAUCGCAUCGAUGUUCUCCAUUGUUGUUAUGUGGGUUCUGUCCAUGUGUGGGUUACGUAGGUGUUGUUUGCGUCGCGUACAAAAAUACGUCACGGCCCUUUCGCGCAGACGACCCCGCCCACGUCCCGGAGGUACUAUUUGCGGUGGAAAAGCACCCGCGCUGCUACCGUGUCGAGUCGUGUCGAGUCGUGUCGUGUCGAGUCGAGCUACAUGUGCGGUGGAAAAGCGGCAUUAGUAAAUCUUUAGGCAGGGACUACUUCUCCCAAAGUGCUGAAUGUUAGUUUCAACUUUCUAAAUGGCAGAUCCUUAUAACAACUCUUGGUGCAAUCCACUAUUUUCCACUUUAUUUUCUCCCUUCCUCCUCUGUUGGACAAUCCACGUUAUAGUAGCACACCAUGAUGGCUCCAUCAUCAUUCAUAUUAGUAACCACAUUGGUUCAAUGCUGCAGGUUUUAGUCUCUGUUGCAAGUUGGACUUGCAAUCGGAAAAACACAUGAAUCAACGUCUGACCUUAAUGAAAAAGGAAGGACAGUCGAAGGCCAACGAGGGCUGACAAGGUUUUCCAAUAAGGACCCAAGCAUCCUGAAGCUGCUCACUGCAGUGUCCAAUCACAUGUGGUACUAUGUCCGCCGGGGUAAGGUUACAAGGGAGGGCAAGGGGCCGAUUUCAGGGUUCCGGUGGGAGUAACGAAUCGCAUCAAGGCCUCCUUCUCAUAGCAAGACUUUCCUAAAAGGAUUUGUCAAUUGGAACACCUUUAUCAGUGCACUUUUAAACAACGGUUACACUAAUACUGUAAUGGGAUGGAAUUGGGUCGAUUCCAGGCAAAAAAAUGGCUUGAAGUUAUAUCCUCAAAGCAAUAAUCUGAUCGAGAACAAUGAAGAAGCACACUAUGUGAAUCAUGCAGGAGGAACGGCCAUGUGACCUGUUUGGGACCGCAGUUCAUUCCAAGCCAUAGUGGUACUGCUGCCUUUGUGUUUUACUCUGCACUGUUUAUGGCUUCAAGUAACAUUGGGAGGAACCUUAUAAUCAGAGCAGAAAUCUGGUCGUGGUGGUGGAUCGCUUCGAAACCGAACAAACGUAGAGCAACUGGAUGAACGCCUCGUCACUGUGGGAUGGACGGGGUACCACUGGAAACGGCAUCGCACAUGCCAGCCCCUCUUUGGUUUUCCCCUACGACGGGAUAUGUCCGCUGUACGUUAUUGCUUUGAUAUUUCCUUUUGUUUUUUCAUUUGUUUUGUCUCUCAAGCUGAUGAAAUCAGCCUAGCAGAACACAGCCCUCAGAACGGUGGACUGGGAGGGUAGGGUUACUCACUGGCACCGGCGUAGGAGUGAAGGGCUGAGGAGUCCUUCUGGGUGUAACCUCUAACAGAUGGUCCCGUCUAGGGCUGGGCGAUUUGGCCUAAAAUAAAAUCGCAGAUUUUUACCCACCAAACCCGAUUAUUGAUUUUAAUAGAUAUUCUUUUCUAUAAAUGAGAAAUAAAUAUCUAUUUUAAGUUUGGAUUUUAUUUGAAGAUUAACAAAAAGCUAAAUUUGGUUGCCACAGACUUUAGGCAAACUCUAAACUCUUUUCCAGCGCAUGCAGCCAUGUUGACAUUUUACUAUUUUACUUCUUUUAAAUAAUCUUUUUUUUUUUUUAAAUCUAUUAUUGACCAUAAAUUUGAAUAACGAUUAAAAAUCUAUUAAUGGCCCAGCUCUAGUCCGGUCAUCCUCGCUGCGGUGGAGCCCCAGGCACAAGGUGCUCUCCCGGGGGCUGCCUUGUCCCUCGCCCUGCGUCGCGUCCUUUGGCCCCAGUGGAUCUUUGUGAGAGCCGAUGUGUUUCAACUAUGUUUGUUUGUGUGUGUGUGAAGAGUAAAAAGUGUUGGCCAAAUGGCCUCACCUCUGAGUGAAAUCUGCGUGGAACGUGUCCCUCUUGAUUCUCUGUAAGUGUUUUGGUGAAAUGGGCUGGGCUGGGGGUCUAGUGAAGGUGGACGUUUCAUAAAUCAUGGGGCAUUCACAGCCUCCUGAAGCUGGUGACCGGAAGAACAUCUAAAUCCACAAAGAAUAUUCUGCUUGGAUGAACAAAUACGCUUUAUUGGUUGAUUUGAGGAAAAUCAUGAAACUAGUAACUGGUGCCGGGGUAAAAUAUAAACUGUGGCGAAGUCCAUUAAAGUAGAACCACAGUCCAACACCAACACAUUAAAAGGAGCAGGUUCAUGUUAGUGUUAUGACACCUCUUUGGAAAGAGUAUGGAAGAGCCGGCCACCCUGAGGUAUCUGUACGGCCGUGGUCAUUAAGGGUGUGGUCAGGAGAUGGUUCCCCUAGUUUGGGCCCCUAAUUGACCAACAGUUGUGAGUGGCUGGUAGUGGAUAAUAACACCUACACCUAGUGGUGAAAUACGGGCCCUUUAGCGGAGUACUUGGUGGUUCUGCGGUUCUACAGGUGCAUAACGACAAGAGCAGAUCAAGCUCCUCAAAACAACGAUCCAACUUUUAUUUUGUAACUCACCAUUUUGUUGCUCCUCAAGUAGAACACACAACCGAUCAGGGUUUGGCCGUUGUUAAUAAAUGACAAAACAAAAAGACGAUUUGUGCUUCACUUCAUCAAGAUCAGUUUAAUAAAAUCCACUCCAAUGCAAACAUGCAUCAGUUUAGGGUGCGAUUAUGCUUGUUUUUUUUCCAUGACUUCAAAAUAGAUCACAUAGAUUAAAUACAGUGCUUUUUUAUUAAUAUACGUACAGCCAAGACAGCAAACAGUGGCUCGACGCCCAGAAGAAAAGCUGUAUGCCUCGUGUCACACAGAACCUAACUGGGACGAACCGACAGGAGGAUGAGGUUGAAGCCCAGACUCGUAAAGUGCUUGGAUUUUAAGUUAUUUUUCUAAAAGACAGGCCUCAGACACGUCAGUUGAAAGCGCAGCCGUCCAUUUGGUCACAUCGUUAAAACAGACGGGGAAGAAUUAACAAAAAGCUUCUUUUAUGUUCACCUGACACUGAAAAAGGGAAGCGAGUUGUCCCCGUGUCCACAACGGGCCGACAAGACUCUCUGCUCUCACGCGCACGGUAAUAGCGUUAAAUCUGUUCCCUCUAAUCCUGGAUCAGGGACCGCAACUAAGCACCAUUCUAAUCUUUGCAUUCAGCCGCUAAAAACAUCCACUCCAGCCGCCCCCCCUCUCAGUUAUCCAUCCUUACAAAAGCACGUCUUCUAUGGUAGUGUUAUGUCAACUGAUAAAAUAUCUCAUUUUCUUUACAGCCAAAAAUCCUGUACACGCAAAUAAAUUAUACAAAAA